AUGCAUUUGUUUGCAUGCUACCAUCUUGUCAUUGUACCUGGCCGGUUCCAGGGUAAGGGCACACAGCGAACCUUCUGGCUGCACGGUGAGUAUGGUGAGAUCGUCGAUCCCCUUCCACCAAAUGCUAAGCUUCUCGAUCUUCCUACCAAGCCACCUCAACAGUUGUCUAACUCCUCUGACUGGCAUCUUACCUGUCCGAACCUGUUAACAUUGAACGAUAAAAUUCCUUUGAACAAGGUAUGCCAAUCUAGUUCACAUAAAUCACACAGCUUCAGGCAUUUGCUAAAAUCUCUUUUCUUCUUAUUGCUUUUUAGUACAUGA